AUGCAACCGUUGGAUAAGAACUAUUGUGGCAUCGUCAUUGAGAAUACGUAUGGCGACAGACAACGAGUCGUCGAGGACUACCAGCAUACGGUCAUUGAAACUACAAGUGAUGUAACAACAGCUACCGCGACAACAGAGUCAACUUCUUCGGAGGCAACAGCAACCUCUUCUUCUAGCGGCACAACCUUCACCACCGACGAGGCUACUACCACAAAAGCGGCGACUACUUCGGAAGAAGCAACCUCAAGCACAGAAGAUGCCGAUGCGACCCCCACAAUUGAUCCCAACUACCAGCCCCUGGUACAGCAAGACCCUGAAUGUCUCGAACCGGCAGAUGGAGAUCACGGCGCCAUUGAUCCAGGUACUCAAGAUGACUAUGCUGAGGACUUUAGCAGCCAGGAACCAGAUGGAGGAUGGGAGGCUGGAGCAGAUAUCCAGCAUUCUUAUAAGGAAACAUCCCAUGGUGUUGUCUACGAGUACAAGGUCAACUGGGCCCAAGACUGUAUUACUGAUGGAGAUACCCAAGAUAUCAGAUGGCCUUUGGGUCAAGCUGGUGAUAUUACUGCAUACUCGCUCAUGAGGGAUGCUUUUGAGAAAUGCAGCAAGACUGAGACCAUGUACAAAGGAAGCCGAAAUCACUCUGACUGCCAUAGACCACUAAACUUCCCUAAAGUCGGCCUUGCUCUCUACAUUAUGACUGUAACCGAAGUCGGCUGCAUGGGUGUCAAGCCCAACAUGAACAUCAUGGACCAUACCACUCCAGAGGGCAAAAUCCUGACUGACGCUUGGAAUACCGUCAUCAGCAAGCCUGGUGGCCCUCAAAGAGUUUACUGGGGCCUGGAAUCGGUUGAACCAUCAAUGGUCUGGUGCUUUUUCGACUUUGAUUCGAUCGAGCAACAUCGGCGAUUUGCUGAGGAAUACGGCGCAGAUGCAGUUAAGGAUAUUCCCAAGAUCUGCACGUAUGGAGAGUUCUCGAAGCAUAUCAAGAUGGUUCCGUCUUCUGACGUUCUUGGGUCACCUCUCACAGAGAUCAUACUGGCAUAUUUCCCCCAAGACAUCUCAGAGGAAAAGAAAGAAGCUCUCUCGUCCAAGAUUCAGGAGAUUCUCAGACAAGCGUUUUCUGGUGAGGCUAGAGUCGCUCACGCCUGUGGCGUGGAGAACGACUUUCCAGCAAGAGGUGAAGAUGGACAGCCGAGAUCAGUUCUCAUGGGUUUCGUUGGAUUGUCUCAUUCCGAAGCUUGGGGAACUUAUCGUCAGACCGACGCUUGGAAAGAGGCACUCUCGAGUAUUGAACGGUUGGAGGGUUUUAUGACUAAGAAAGUCAACACUCCAACUGGUGUUCUCGACCAAGAACGCAAUGCCUCUCGCGAACCUUCACUCUUUGACCAAAAAGAACUCGAUCGUCUAGGUCGAGAGCGUCCAGCAUGUUUCUCAAACCUCUUAUCGGAGUUGGGCUUUAUCUUUGCGGUCGUGGGUUCGAUGAUGGUUAGCGAGUAUUUUGUUUCUGGUUUUAACAUUAUCCUACCUUCGUUGGCUGUUACACUCGAGAUUCCGGAUGAGGUUAGGACUUGGCCUGCUGCUGUCAUUAAUCUUACUACGGCUGUUUUACUUCUUCCGUUCGCGAGACUUUCUGAGAUUCAUGGUGGAAGAUUCAUCUUCCUCGGCGGACAUGUUUGGUUGAUUAUUUGGUCGAUUAUCGGAGGUUUCAGUCAGAACCCUACCAUGCUUAUUGCUUGUCGAGCUAUGCAGGGCCUAGGGCCUUCAGCUUUCUUGCCGUCAAGUGUGGCGAUCAUGUCACGCAUUUAUCGCCCAGGUCCAAGGAAGAAUCUCGUUUUCAGCAUGCUUGGCGCCUUUUCUUGCAUCGGCUUCUACUCUGGAAUCUUCUUCGGUGCAUUGUCGGCCCAGGUCCUUGGUUGGAAGUGGUAUUUCUUUAUUGGUGCUUUCUUUUGCGCAAGUAUCUUCAUCACUGGUCUUUUGACUAUUCCAAAGAGCCAUGGAGAUUCACUUCCUGAUUUGAAGAUGGACUGGUUGGGCACUGCUACGGUUGUACCGGGUCUUGCAUUGGUGGUGUAUGCAUUGACUGAUGGCGGAAAUGCGCCCCAGGGCUGGAGAACUCCUUAUGUCUAUGUUACCUUGAUCUUGGGUAUCAUCUGUCUCGCACUGUUUGUGUACAUCGAGGGAUGGCGAGCCAGCCAACCUCUUAUGCCUGCAGAAGUUUUCAAGACGAAGUACAUGAGUCGAUUGGUCUUUGCGCUAUUCAUGUCCUACGGAUCUUUUGGUCUGUUUCUUUUCUACGCUAGCUUCUACAUUGAAUCGGUUUUACACAUUGGACCCUUGCUCACAGCAGCUUGGUUCAUCCCUCUCGCGGCUGGCGGUUUCAUUUUGGCUAUCGUUGGCGGCUUCGUUCUUCAUAUCCUUAGCGGGCGAUUACUCCUAAUCAUCUCCGGCCUUGGUUUCCUCGGCUCAACGGUCUUAUUUGCACUUAUUCCCGACAGUGGACGAUCCAACUCAUUCCUCUACUGGGCAUUUGUCUUCCCCGCCAUGAUUCUCGCCACAGUUGGAGUAGACAUUGCCUUUAACGUUACCAACGUCUUCAUCACAACAUCCCUCCCUAAUCAUCUUCAAGCAGUUGCCGGUGCUCUGAUCACCAGCUUGCUCUACCUCGGUAUGGCAUUUUGGCUAGGUGUUGGAGAGAUGGCAGUAUCUGCGCAAAAGGAUAUCAAAGGUGCUGAGGAUGUUGAUGCACGAAGCCAGUAUCAAAUUGGUUUCUGGACUGGUGCUGGACUGGCUGUGGCGUCUUUGUUGAUCUUUAUCACGGUCAGGAUGGAAUCGGCUAAAGCUGAUUUGACAGCGGAUGAGAAGGCUCAGAGAGAACGAGAGAGAGCUGUAGAGCAGAGCACAGAGUAAUGAGCUUGUGGUUCGGCUUCUGGAUAUUUAUGCCUGAAUUUAGAGUUCCAAAAGUUGGUUUACGGACAUUUAACGGAAAUA